GAGGGCGCUCGCAUCAUAUCUGGCCCGCUUCUAACCGUCUCGUCUCCUAUUAUUUGUACAUCGUUCGGUUUCUUCACUGAUUGGUUGAUACCCUCUUGUUUUGGCCGCCGAUUCUUCGUGGCGUUCCGUCCCGUGACGGAUAUUCCGAUGCGCCACCGUUUGUCGAAUUCCCAAUUUAUUUAGGUGUUUUUUUUUUAGUUUUUAAUUAAUUUUCAAACUUGAAUUGAAUUGGAUUGAAUUCUUUCUCCUCACCACACAAAAAUUUAGACUCGAUCAAACCAUUCAUUAAUCUGAUUAUUUUCCUAAUAUACACUUUGAAACAAUCAACGCUACGCCGAUCAUUUCCUGAUCGCUGCGUCUGCGGACGCAUCAUUGUCGGUCCUGCUGCUUUUGAUCGUUGAAGAUGCCGUCAUCGUCAACGGCGUCGUUUCCGAUGCUCUCGGCAUCCUCCACCAACGGCAUUAAUCAAUCGUCGAAUCAGAACGGUUUACGCGCUCACAGUGACAACGGGCGUUCGAUGGAGAGAGCGUUGACGAGGGUGGAGUCUCUGUCUCGGCUGACUUCGAUCAGGGACACGCUGGGGAUCACAUCCGGCAUUAUGUACAAGUGGGUGAAUUACGGGCGGGGAUGGCGUCCCCGGUGGUUCGUUCUGCAAGAUGGAGUGUUGUCGUAUUACAAGAUCCAUGGUCCUGACAAGAUCACGGUCAGUCAUGAGACUGAGAAGGGAUCAAGACUUAUCGGCGAAGAAUCCUUCCGCCGCGUAUCCCGGCACGCUUGCAUCCCCUCCAGCCGCCGCAUCCCUGUCGGUGAAAUCCAUCUUAAGGUGUCUUCAAUUAGGGAGAGUAAAUCGGACGACAAAAGGUUCUCGAUAUUUACGGGGACGAAGAGAGUGCAUUUGAGGGCGGAGAGCAGGGAGGACAGAGUUGCCUGGAUGGAGGCGUUGCAAGCGGUUAAGGAUAUGUUCCCUCGGUUGUCGAAUGGAGAGGCAGUGGGCCCUGUGGACGUGAUGUCGACAGAGAAGUUGAGGCAGCGGCUGUUAGAGGAGGGCGUGAACGAGGCCGCCAUCCAGGACAGUGAGAACAUCAUGAGGACUGAAUUCUCGACUCUCCAUAACCAUCUUGUUGUCCUCAGGCGUCAACAGUUGCUACUAUUUGACACUUUGCGGCAAUUGGAGACAGAAAAAGUUGACUUGGAGAACACAGUUGUUGAUGAAAGCCAGAGGCAAUUGAAGGAACAAGGAGAUUCGUUCGCAUCAAGGGAAGGAAAAUUCAGUGAAGGAAGUCCAAGUGUGUCUGAUGAUGACCACGACAGACAUGAUGCUGCUGAGGAGGAAACUGAUGAUGAUGAAUUUUUUGAUACCCGUGAUGUUCUUUCAUCUGGUUCAUUUAAAAGUACUGGCUCAGGCUUUCGGAGAUCUUCGUUCGACUCUAAUGAUGAAGAGUCUUUUGAGUCUGAAGAUGGUAUCGAUUCUUGCAUUAGAUCGGUUGGAUCUAACUAUCCAUAUGUUAGGCGACGUAAGAAAUUGCCCGACCCAGUUGAGAAGGAGAAGGGGGUUAGUCUUUGGUCAAUGAUUAAAGACAACAUUGGGAAGGAUCUCACCAAAGUUUGUCUUCCAGUAUUCUUUAAUGAGCCCAUCUCUUCAUUACAAAAAUGUUUUGAAGAUCUGGAGUACUCAUACCUUCUAGACCGAGCUUAUGAAUGGGGUAAAAUGGGAAAUAGCCUUAUGCGGAUUCUAAAUGUAGCAGCAUUUGCGGUAUCUGGGUAUGCUUCUACUGAAGGCAGGAUUUGCAAGCCAUUCAAUCCACUGUUAGGAGAGACUUAUGAGGCUGACUAUCCAGAUAAAGGGCUUCGGUUUUUCUCUGAGAAGGUUAGUCAUCACCCAAUGAUCGUUGCGUGUCACUGUGAGGGUCAGGGUUGGAAGUUCUGGGGUGACAGCAAUUUAAAGAGUAAAUUUUGGGGUCGAUCAAUUCAGCUUGAUCCUGUUGGUGUUUUGACACUUGAGUUCGAUGAUGGAGAAGUUUUUCAAUGGAGCAAGGUGACAACAUCCAUUUACAACCUCAUCUUAGGAAAACUCUACUGUGAUCAUUAUGGUACUAUGCGAGUAGAGGGGAAUCAUGAAUACUCAUGUAAAUUGAAAUUCAAGGAGCAGUCAAUCAUUGAUAGAAAUCCUCACCAGGUACAAGGUGUUGUUCUCGACAAGAAUGGUAAAACAGUUGCAACCUUAUUUGGAAAGUGGGAUGAGAGCAUGCAUUAUUUAAGUGGUGAUGGUAAAGGUAGAGGUUCAGAGCCCCAGUUGCUCUGGAAAAGUGUCAACCCUUCAAAAUACCAGACUAGGUGUAAUCUGACGCGCUUUGGCAUCACGUUGAAUGAGAUUACGCCUGGACUCAAGGAGAAGCUGCCACCAACAGAUUCGAGACUAAGGCCUGAUCAGAGGUGCUUAGAGAAUGGAGAAUACGAAAAGGCAAAUUCUGAGAAAUUAAGACUAGAACAAAGGCAGCGGCAGGCGAGGAAGAUGCAAGAGAUGGGAUGGAAACCAAGAUGGUUUGCCAAGGAGAAAGGCGCUGAUUCGUAUCGAUACAUUGGUGGGUACUGGGAAGCCAGAGAAAAGGGCAACUGGGAAUCAUGCCCUGAUAUCUUUGGUCAGGUCGCCACCAAUGGAAAUUUUGACUAACUCGUCAACUUGUUUUCCUCCACAUAUUUUUUCAUUCAUAUUUGGACCUCACAAAGGUGUCAAAAUUCGAAAAUCUUUAUCAGGUAGAAAGAAUACAUCCAUCUCUGAAAAUUACACAAGUUUCCUACAGUCAUUUGUCGAAACUCCAAAGUAAUAUGAUAAGCUGAGUGGCUUCAAUGCCUCUUCUAUUUCUUCUCUCA